AUGCGAGGCACCCUCAUUUUCUCGGGCACCAGCUGCCCAUCCCUCACAAAGCAAAUAUGUGAGAAUCUCGGCAUGGCUCCGGCCGAGGCCGAGCUCACCCAAUUCUCCAACGGCGAGACGAGCGUCCGCAUCCUCACCAGCGUGCGCGAGAAGGACGUCUUUGUCGUGCAGUCCGGCAGCCCCAAGAUCAACGACACCAUCAUGGAGCUGCUCAUCAUGAUCUCGGCCUGCAAGGGAGGCUCGGCGAGCAAAGUCACUGCUGUCCUGCCAUACUUCCCAUACAGUCGCCAGUCCAAGAAGAAGUCGCAUAGAGGAGCGAUUACUGCGCGGAUGUUGGCCAAUCUCCUUGGGGUUGCGGGUGUUAAGCACAUUGUCACGGUCGAUCUGCACGCGUCACAAAUGCAGGGCUUCUUCAAGUGCCCGGUGGACAACCUUCACGCCGAGCCGCUGAUUGCUCGCUGGAUCAGACACAAUGUGCCAGACUGGAAGGAGGCGGUGGUGGUGUCCAAGAACGCCGGCGGCACCAAGCGUGUCACGUCUCUUGCCGACGCACUCAAGCUGAACUUUGGCAUGGUCACUACGGACAAAAGACGAGGCCACAACAUGACGGCGAGCAUGAUCAUGAACCACCUCGACGGCAUUGAGCGACAGCCAGUGCUGGACCCCAUCAGUAACCAGGUGCGUACCACCUCGACCGAGCCCGAAAAGGAAGCAACAAACGCACAAUCCCAAGACUCGCGCGUUGUGGCAGACGGCCAGGGAUCACCUCGCCCGACUGCUAACGGCACACGUGCCCGCUCUGCGAGCAACCCCAAGCCCCACCACACCAGGUCUCAAACCACGCUAUCACAGUCGUCGGUCAUUGAUGAGCUCGACGAGGAGGCGGAAGGUGACGAGCUCGAGUUUAACGAUCAGAGAGCAGCAGAGGUCAUUCAUGGUCGCUUGGUUCAAGGCCAUAUCGUGCCGGAUGAUUUUGUAUCACCGGCAGAAAGUGUGGCAGGGACAGAGAUUCCAGACGAAGAUCCCAUGGUUAUGUCCCAUGCGUCUUCGUUUUUUGCGCCCCAGUCCCAUGCCCUGGGUGGCUCCGGUGAUGCGGAAGCCAGCUCAGAUGAAGAGGAGGAGAUUCUCAAACCCAAAGUUGAGCACAUGAUCACGUUGGUGGGCGAUGUGAAGGGCCGUUCGGUCUUCAUCGUGGACGAUAUGAUCGACAAGCCCGGCUCGUGGAUUGCUGCGGCCGAGACGGUACGGAAGCGUGGCAAGGCCGAGAAGGUGUACUGCAUUGCAACACAUGGUGUCUUUGGAGGCGAUUGCCUUGAGCAGAUGCAGGCUUGUGAUUGCAUCGACACCAUCGUGGUGACCAACAGCUAUCCGAUACCCGAAGAGAAGGCGCGCAAGGCCAGCAAGCUGGUGGUUCUCGAUCUGUCGUUCCUCCUGGCUGAGGCGAUUCGCAGAAACCACUACGGCGAGUCGAUGUCGCCACUGUUCCAGCAUGUCUUGGACUCGUAA